CUGCGCACUGCACCGCGGUCCGGUGACGUCCGGUAGAGCCCAAGAUGGCGGCACUGGGCUGAGUCUGCUGCGGGUGACGGAAGUGCCGCCGCCGCCUUCCUGACGUCUCAGGAGACCCUGCACGGUUUCUGUCCGCUUCGGCCAUGUCUGGGUUCGGCAACAAACGCGCCGCCGGCGAUGGGGGCUCGGGUCCCCCAGAGAAGCUGAGCCGCGAGGAAAAGACCACAACCACCCUCAUAGAACCCAUUCGCCUCGGAGGCAUCUCCUCCACGGAGGAGAUGGACUUAAAGGUCCUGCAAUUCAAGAACAAGAAACUAGCCGAGCGCUUGGAGCAGCGACAAGCUUGUGAAGAUGAGCUCCGAGAACGGAUUGAGAAGCUGGAGAAGCGGCAGGCAACUGAUGACGCCACACUCCUCAUUGUCAAUCGCUACUGGGCCCAGCUAGAUGAAACUGUGGAAACCCUUCUCCGACACCAUGAAAACCAGGGAGAGAUGUCUUCAGGGACAGAGGUGCCUGGAACGCAGGAGGGGCCAAUGCAUGACGAAACUCCUCUCACAGAACCAGGGACGUCGGAACUGAGGGAUGCCCUGCCUGUGCAGCUGCGGCCCCCGCUCAGCGAGCCAGCAUUGGCUUUUGUGGUGGCCUUGGGUGCCAGCAGUAGCGAGGAGGUAGAGCUGCAGCUGCAGGGCCGUAUGGAAUUCUCCAAGGCAGCGGUGUCCCGUGUCGUAGAGGCCUCAGACUGUCUGCAGCGCCGGGUGGAGGAACUGUGUCAGCGAGUGUACAGCCGAGGGGACAGCGAACCUCCUGGUGAGGGAGCUCGGAUACGCACCCGUGAGCUGGGCCGUGAGAACCGGCGACUACAGGACCUGGCCACCCAGCUACAGGAGAAGCACCACCGCAUCUCACUGGAGUACUCAGAGCUCCAAGACAAGGUGACAUCAUCCGAAACGAAGGUGCUGGAGAUGGAGACCACAGUAGAGGACCUGCAGUGGGACAUUGAAAAGCUGCGCAAGCGUGAGCAGAAGCUCAAUAAGCACCUGGCAGAGGCCUUGGAGCAGCUCAACUCUGGCUACUAUGUGUCGGGGAGCUCCUCGGGCUUCCAGGGGGGCCAGAUCACACUCAGCAUGCAAAAGUUUGAGAUGCUGAAUGCGGAGUUGGAAGAAAACCAGGAAUUGGCCAACAGCCGCAUGGCAGAGCUGGAGAAGUUGCAGGCCGAACUCCAAGGGGCUGUGCGGACUAAUGAGCGUCUCAAGGUGGCCCUGCGGAGCCUUCCCGAGGAGGUGGUUCGGGAGACAGGGGAGUACCGCAUGCUGCAGGCCCAGUUCUCGCUUCUCUACAACGAGUCUCUGCAAGUGAAGACCCAGCUGGACGAGGCCCGGGGGCUACUGCUGGCCACCAAGAAUUCCCAUCUACGGCACAUCGAGCACAUGGAGAGCGAUGAGCUGGGGCUACAGAAGAAGCUGCGCACAGAAGUUAUCCAGCUGGAGGAUACACUGGCCCAGGUACGCAAGGAGUAUGAGAUGCUGCGCAUCGAGUUUGAACAGAACCUGGCAGCUAAUGAGCAGGCAGGGCCCAUCAAUCGGGAGAUGCGUCACCUGAUCAGUAGUCUCCAAAACCAUAACCAUCAGCUGAAGGGGGAUGCCCAGCGCUACAAGCGGAAGCUGCGGGAAGUCCAGGCUGAGAUCGGCAAACUCCGGGCCCAGGCCAGCGGCUCUGCCCACUCCAUCCCCAAUGUGGUCCCCCCAGAUGACUCUACACUCAGUACUCCAGCUCCAGGGAAAGAAGAGGGUGGGCCAGGCCCAGUGGGUGCCCCCGACAACAGGAAGGAAUUGGUGGCCGUGCCUGCCACUGCCACUGCUACCUCAUCGGUGAAGAAGGAGGAGCUGCCCCCUCCUGAGGAAGACCCCCAGGUCGUCACCCCUGGCCCCCAGGGACCCUCCUCACGGCCCCGAGAACCUGAGGCCAGGCCCAAGCGGGAGCUCCGGGAGCGGGAAGGGCCCGGCCUGGGAGCCCCGCUGGCAGCACCAGUCCUGUCACGAGCUGAUCGGGAGAAGGCCAAGAUGGAGGAGGCCAAAAGGAAGGAGUCGGAACUCCUCAAAGGCCUCCGAGCAGAGCUCAAGAAGGCCCAGGAAAGCCAGAAGGAGAUGAAACUGCUGCUAGACAUGUACAAGUCGGCGCCCAAGGAGCAGCGGGACAAGGUGCAGCUCAUGGCGGCUGAACGCAAGGCCAAGGCUGAGGUGGAUGAGCUGCGGGGACGCAUCCGGGAGCUGGAGGAGAGGGAUCGCAGGGAGAGCAAGAAGAUCGCAGAUGAGGAUGCCCUGCGGCGCAUCCGGCAGGCGGAGGAGCAGAUCGAACACCUGCAGCGGAAGCUGGGGGCCACCAAGCAGGAGGAAGAGGCUCUGCUCUCGGAGAUGGACGUGACCGGGCAGGCUUUCGAGGACAUGCAGGAGCAGAACGGGCGGCUCCUGCAGCAGUUGCGGGAGAAGGAUGAUGCCAACUUCAAGCUGAUGUCAGAGAGGAUCAAGGCCAACCAGAUCCACAAGCUGCUGCGUGAGGAGAAGGACGAGCUGGGAGAGCAGGUUCUGGGCCUCAAGUCCCAGGUGGAUGCCCAGCUGCUGACCGUGCAGAAGCUCGAGGAGAAAGAACGGGCCUUGCAGGGCAGCCUUGGCGGGGUGGAGAAGGAGCUGACACUGCGCAGCCAGGCCCUGGAGCUCAACAAGAGGAAGGCUGUGGAAGCCGCGCAGCUGGCUGAGGACCUGAAGGUGCAGUUGGAGCACGUGCAGACACGGCUGCGAGAGAUCCAGCCCUGCCUGGCGGAGAGCAGGGCGGCCCGGGAGAAGGAGAGCUUCAACCUCAAGAGGGCCCAGGAGGACAUCUCACGGCUGCGGCGCAAGCUGGAGAAGCAGAGGAAGGUAGAGGUUUACGCAGAUGCCGACGAAAUCCUCCAGGAAGAGAUCAAGGAGUACAAGGCACGGCUGACCUGUCCCUGCUGUAACACCCGCAAGAAGGAUGCAGUCCUUACCAAGUGCUUCCACGUUUUCUGCUUCGAGUGUGUUCGGGGCCGCUAUGAGGCCCGCCAGAGGAAGUGCCCCAAGUGCAACGCCGCGUUUGGUGCCCACGACUUCCACCGCGUCUACAUCAGCUGAAGCUGGAACCUGGAGGCAGUGCCCCCGCCCCUCCAUUGUGGACCCUGUGGGCCCGGUCCCCCUACCCCCCCCCCCUUGGUAUGGGGAGUCCAGUGCAUGCUUCUGGGAGUGGACUCAGCUGCGCCCAGUUCAUCUUUUCCUCGUGGCCACACCCCACAGAAAGGUUGGCUAUGAGAGGUCUGAGGGCCACAAAACACUCAUCUGAGCCUCCUGGGAGCUGCUCUCAACCCAGACCCAGCCAGCACUAGGGGGGAAUUCUCCAGACUUUGACACCUCCCCCACUGCAGUGUCCUGUUUUCCCCCUCACCCCCCAACACAUACACAGACUUACAAACUCCCAAGGAGGACCUGGGUCCUCAUUCCUGCCUGAGACAGUCCUGUGUCCCAGGGAGACGCUCUUCCUCCCAGCUCAGACAGGGCUUCCCUCCCAUGGGGUUCCCCUGUGCACUGUGGUAAGCUUUGGAUGCUGAGUUGAAAGAGGUGCUCAGUAGUGGCACCAUCCUCCCUCUGGACCACUCUGGCUGCUGCAGAGACUUGCUCUCGUCUUGGGAGUGCCAGGCCAGGAAUGAGUUUCUUGGAGUCAGCCCCCUCCCAGUUUUUCUCAAGCCCACUUGCCUUCCUGGGAAUCCCAUUGUGCCACUGGGUCCUCAGCCCUGACUCCUUUGAUCCUGGUGGCCUUAAUUGCAAUGGAGGCAGAACUUCCCCGAAGGCACAGAGUAGCACUGGGCCAACUUCUGAUCAUUCCAGGUAGAAAAUCUUCAUCGAACACCCUGUGACAAGCAUGUGCCAGUGAAGCUUCCUGUGCAGGCCUGCCCAGACCAACUCUGGCUUGUGGAAGCAGCACCCAGGGCAUGAGAAGUGGAGCUGCUGAUGGUGCAAGAUCCCUUUGGAUCACAGCUCCUGCUCCAGUGAUGUCUUGUAAAGGCUGUUAAAUGUUACAAUAAACACCCAACCCUCAGCCUGCUAUCCUGGUAGCCAGGCUUCCUACCUCUA